GUAUAUAGAGAACCGAAUCCCCGAACCCGAUCCGAACCAGUAUUUCGAAUAUCCGAAUGAAUUCAAAAUAAAUUUAUAUACCUGAAUAUAUUAAUAAUUUUUAGAUUUAAUAUAUAAAAAUAUCCAAAAUACAUAAGAUAUUUUGAAGUUUCCAAAAAAACUUUAAAAUAUAUACAAAUAGUUGAAAGUAAAUGUCUAAAAUAGUUAAACAAUACUUCAAAAAAACACUUGAAAUAUCUAUUGAUUCUCUAUGAAAAUAUUCUAGUCAAAACAAUUUAUAUGUUAAAUUUAGGCAUGUUGGCAUACGCUAUUCAAAUUUAUAUGUAAUAUAUUAUUUUAUUUUUAAAUUUUAAGAAAUUUAAAGUAUAUAACGAAUUUAAAAUUUUAAAAAAUAAUUUAAGCGGGUUAUCCAAACCCGAACAAACCUGAAAAGAUCCGAACUGAAUCCAGACCGAAAUUUGUAAAUAUUCGAAUGAAAUUGAAAUCUUUGACCAUGAAAAUCUGUAAUCUGAAUAGAUCUAAACCGAAUCCGAAUGUGUAUCUGAACGCCCCCCCUAUAGCCAACUAUACCUUACAAUAUUUUUGCCAAAGAUUUCAUGUCAGUUUUUCGUUUUUUUAUCUUAUUCUGAAUGAUAUAUAUACUGAUAUACACUUCGUUACACUGUUACAAACCAUUGAGCUUUAUACAGAAAAGUUGAAUGUUUGGUUUGUGAAGUCUAUGUCUCAUGGAGGUACAAAAAUCUUCUUAAGUCUAUGGGAUUGGUCCUUCCAAUGUUCGAUAUGUCGUACUUUAAAGUUUAAACUACCAAAAUAUGUGUGCGUGAAACUCACUAGCGUGAUGGAGGAGUAGUGAUAAUAACAAAAGGAAAAUUUCAUGGGUGACAUGGAAACAACUUUGUAAAUUAAAAGAUUUGUGAGGGCUCAGAUUUUUUUAACAUUGAAAUCUUCAAUCAAGUGAUGCUCGAGGAACGAGCUUGCGUAUCUGGAAUUCCCCAUAAUCUCUGAUGGUUCGAAUCCUCAAACACAAAUACUUUGAGCACUCAUUAUUACGUAACAAUACGUAUUAAAUGAAUUUAUUAGUAAAAGUUCUAUAAAUAAUAAUGAUUUUUAAUAAAUAUUAUUAUUAUCAAAAUAAUUAUAUUUACAUGUAAAUAGUAGAAAAUUAUUAAUGAAAAACCUAAAUAAAACAUGUUCUCUAAAAUUGUCCUAAGGGAUCGUUUGGGUGGCUUGCCCUCUAAAUCGACCUAGCAGCGUAGAGAGAAUAUUAUAGAAUUGACUAGUGUUGAUGUCGAGAAGUUGGGAAAGCUUUUUUCAUGUCAAUGUGUAAGUAGUUUGCGAAUCAAUAAGAAAACCCCAGGAAAAGCGUAUCAUAAUGUAAUUAAGAACUUAAAAAGUGUCUUGUGUAAUACUUUUUUUACAUGCAAUAGGUAAACAAUGGUAAUAUAUCAACUGACAGCUUACCAAUGGAUUUAUCCACAACUCCUUUCAUAACUAUUUUAACUGCAAGAAAAAUUAUAAAUAACCAAAAACUAGGUAUAAAAUAUUUGUGGCUAUAGUUAUACAGUUGCGGAUAGAAACAAAGUAUCUACCAAUAUUUUAGACCAAAAAAAUAUGAAUAUUACGUGUAUUUUCAUGGUUUUUUUUUUUUGAACAACGAAGAUUUUCAUGGUUAAAUAGCUAAAAAUACACUUUGUACUUUUUGAAGAAAUUGAACCACAGUUAGCCAGUUCAAAAAACCUAGUUAAUAAUACAACUCAAUAAAAUUUAAUGACAGAAAACAAUAAUUGCUUGCUUUAAUAGAAAGCAAUUUUCUUUUUCUAACAUUAAAUUUUAGUUAAGUUUUUGAUGAACUAGGUUUUCAAUCCAGUGAUUUUGAAUUUAAAAAAAAAAAUAGUUUGUGAAAUACUAGCUAUUAUCAUUAUUUUGUAGUAUCUCAAAUUGAUUGCUAUUAUACUGAAAAUUGUUAUCAUAAAUGAAAAUUGCUUGCUCUAGAUACUAUUGAUAGUAUAUCAUAAUUACAAUGCUAAUAUUAUCAGUUUGACUAAAGUAGUAAAGUUUAUGGUUGAAGUUUAAACAGUUAGAAAACUUGAGCGAAAAUCAUUAAUGCACAUCAGCACAUGUAGGGAGAGAUUUUCUAAUACUAAGUUUCUAAGGCCGAUUCCAAUAAGACUCUAAAACACUAAAAUUCAUGUUAUGUCAUGUUUAAUGGAGCUUCAAAAACUACACAAUUACAUCAAAUCUGGUGUUUUAUUAAUAAUGAUCUGUACCAAAUUUGAUAUAUAUUAUUCAUCACACUAAUGACCAAACGCAAAAUAUUUUAUUGUGUUUUAUUAAUAUGCAACGAAAAUUUUAAUAACAGUAACAUAACUCAAUAUGUCCCUGCUCUUCAUGCAUACGUCCUGCAUGAAUGUAUGUAGCAUAUAAUACCAACGUGCAUAAACAAUACACUACUUCAUAUACAUUAUUACUCUUAUUAAUAACCGGAUAAUUGGGUUUUGAUUAGCAUAAUUGAAUCUCGCGAAACUAUUUAAAUUAAGCUACUCGACUCAGCUUAAACCAAGGACUCGGUCAAUUUCUCAAAGCUUAAAAAAGCUCAGAUCUUAAAACUCGCUUUCAUCUCCCUUCUCCAUUUAAGUUUGCGAUUCUUCUGCUUCUUCUUUUCUUCCUCCACAAACAAAAAAAAAACAUAAAAUAAAAGAGAAUAGAAAAGGUUGAGAUCGUUUUACAUAAGAAACAGCCAUUGAAGCUGUGAUCCAUAAGAGUAAACAUGGAGAGUUACUUGAACCAGAAUUUUGACGUUAAGGCCAAACAUUCGUCGGAGGAAGUGCUCGAAAAAUGGCGGAAUCUCUGUGGCGUCGUAAAGAAUCCAAAACGUCGAUUUCGCUUCACGGCAAACCUCUCCAAGCGUUACGAAGCUGCCGCCAUGCGCAAGACCAAUCAGGAGAAAUUGAAGAUUGCAGUUCUCGUGUCAAAAGCCGCAUUCCAAUUUAUCUCGGGAGUUUCUCCAAGUGAUUACACCGUGCCUGAAGAGGUAAAAGCAGCAGGCUAUGACAUUUGCGCAGAUGAGUUAGGAUCAAUAGUUGAAAGUCACGAUGUGAAGAAGCUCAAGUUUCAUGGUGGAGUUGAUGGGCUUUCAGGGAAGCUCAAGGCAUGUCCUAACGCUGGUCUCUCAGGUGAAUCCGAUCAGCUGAUCCAAAGGCAAGAGCUAUUCGGAAUCAACAAGUUCGCGGAAAGCGAGCUGAAGAGUUUCUGGAUAUUCGUUUGGGAAGCCCUUCAUGACAUGACGCUCAUGAUUCUAGGCGUUUGCGCUUUCUUCUCUUUGAUAGUUGGAAUCGCAACUGAAGGAUGGCCUCAAGGGUCACACGAUGGUCUUGGCAUCGUCGCUAGUAUCCUUUUGGUCGUGUUCGUCACAGCGACUAGUGACUACAGACAAUCAUUGCAGUUCAGGGAUUUAGACAAAGAAAAGAAGAAGAUCACGGUUCAGGUUACGCGAAGCGGGUUUAGACAGAAGCUGUCUAUAUAUGAGCUGCUUCCUGGUGACAUUGUUCAUCUCGCGAUUGGAGACCAGGUUCCUGCCGAUGGUCUUUUUCUCUCUGGUUUCUCCGUUGUGAUCGAUGAAUCGAGUUUGACUGGAGAGAGUGAGCCUGUCAUGGUGAAUGCCCAGAACCCUUUCCUUCUCUCUGGAACUAAAGUGCAAGAUGGGUCGUGUAAGAUGCUGGUUACAACGGUUGGUAUGAGGACACAGUGGGGGAAGCUAAUGGCCACUCUUAGCGAAGGAGGCGAUGAUGAAACCCCGUUGCAAGUGAAACUUAACGGAGUUGCAACUAUCAUCGGUAAAAUAGGUCUCUUCUUCGCCGUUGUCACGUUUGCCGUUUUGGUGCAAGGAAUGUUUAUGAGGAAGCUUUCGUUGAGCACUCACUGGAGGUGGUCGGGGGACGAGGCAUUAGAGCUUCUUGAAUACUUUGCCAUCGCUGUGACGAUUGUUGUCGUUGCGGUUCCUGAAGGCUUGCCUUUGGCUGUGACUCUUAGCCUCGCGUUCGCGAUGAAGAAAAUGAUGAACGAUAAAGCCCUUGUUCGACAUUUAGCAGCUUGUGAGACGAUGGGAUCCGCGACUACUAUUUGCAGUGACAAGACCGGUACUCUAACAACCAAUCACAUGACCGUUGUGAAGUCUUGCAUUUGCAUGAAUGUUCAAGAUGUAGCGAGCAAGGGUUCGAGUUUGCAGUCUGACAUCCCUGAGGCUGCUUUAAAACUACUUCAACAGUCGAUUUUUAAUAACACGGGAGGCGAAGUUGUCGUGAACAAACAAGGCAAGACGGAGAUAUUGGGGACGCCAACGGAGACUGCUAUAUUGGAGUUUGGACUAUCUCUUGGAGGUAAGUUCCAAGAAGAGAGACAAUCAUACAAAGUCAUUAAAGUUGAGCCGUUUAACUCCACAAAGAAGAGAAUGGGAGUAGUUAUUGAGCUACCUGAAGGAGGACGCGUUCGCGCUCACACCAAGGGAGCUUCUGAAAUAGUUUUGGCUGCUUGCCAGAAUGUUAUCAACUCGAGUGGCGAAGCUGUUCCGCUUGAUGAAGAAUCCAUCAAGUACUUGAAUGUCACAAUCAAUGAGUUUGCAAAUGAAGCGCUUCGCACGCUUUGCCUGGCUUAUAUGGAUAUCGAAAAUGGGUUCUCUGCGGAUGAAGGUAUCCCGGCUUCAGGGUUUACUUGCAUAGGCAUCGUUGGCAUCAAAGACCCUGUUCGUCCUGGAGUCAGAGAGUCCGUGGAGCUUUGUCGCCGUGCUGGUAUUAUGGUGAGAAUGGUUACGGGAGAUAACAUCAACACUGCAAAAGCUAUUGCUAGAGAAUGUGGAAUCCUCACUGAUGAUGGUGUAGCCAUUGAAGGUCCUGUGUUCAGAGAGAAGAAUCAGGAAGAGUUACUUGAACUCAUUCCCAAGAUUCAGGUGAUGGCUCGUUCUUCUCCCAUGGACAAACAUACACUUGUGAAGCAGCUGAGGACUACUUUUGAUGAAGUUGUUGCCGUUACUGGUGACGGAACGAACGAUGCACCAGCACUCCAUGAGGCUGACAUAGGAUUAGCAAUGGGCAUUGCCGGAACAGAAGUGGCAAAAGAGAGUGCAGAUGUUAUCAUACUCGACGAUAAUUUCAGUACGAUUGUGACGGUGGCGAAAUGGGGACGUUCGGUUUACAUUAACAUCCAGAAGUUUGUGCAGUUCCAGCUAACGGUCAAUGUCGUUGCCCUCAUUGUUAACUUCUCUUCAGCUUGCUUGACCGGAAGUGCUCCUCUAACUGCUGUGCAACUGCUUUGGGUCAACAUGAUAAUGGACACGCUUGGAGCUCUUGCUCUAGCUACUGAGCCGCCUAACAACGAGCUGAUGAAGCGAAUGCCCGUUGGAAGGAAAGGGAAUUUCAUUACAAACGCAAUGUGGAGGAACAUCUUAGGACAAGCUGUUUAUCAGUUCGUUAUCAUUUGGCUUCUACAGGCCAAAGGGAAGUCACUGUUUGGUCUUGUUGGUUCUGAUUCUACUCUUGUGUUGAACACGCUUAUCUUCAACUGUUUCGUCUUUUGUCAGGUCUUCAAUGAGAUAAGCUCGCGGGAGAUGGAAGAGAUCGAUGUAUUCAAAGGCAUACUCGACAACUAUGUGUUCGUGGUUGUUAUUGGUGUAACUGUUUUCUUUCAGAUCAUAAUCAUUGAGUUCUUGGGGACAUUCGCAAGCACCACACCUCUCACAUUUGUCCAGUGGUUCUUCAGCAUAUUCGUUGGCUUCUUAGGGAUGCCGAUCGCUGCUGGCUUGAAGAAGAUAGCAGUGUAAUGCUGAGAAAACCUAUUAUUCUUACAGAAUAUAAGUUCCUUUUGACACAAGCAAUGUUUUUGUCUUUUUUUUUGGUUGCAACUUUUCAUCUCUUUUUUUUUCUGUUUCAUUUUUGAAUAAGUUUAUUUAUUUACCAAUAGUUUCCUAUUGUUGUGAUUCAACACCGUAUUUUCCUUGGUUCUCAAAAAUAACCCUUUGUGUUCUGGUACUCACAUUUCACCCAUUAAUUAAGUUCUAUUUAGGAGAUCAUCAAAGACACCUAGAGCAUAUGCAUUCAUGGGUUUAGUCUCUAGACAUUAUUAUAUUAGGAGUUUAAAUAAUUCAGUUGUUUAUUAAAAAUAAAAUAUUUUAAAAUGACAUGUACACAUGUGUAACACUAGUCUUUCGACAUUUUUCUUAAGUUUCUCAAAUGAGAAAUCUGUAACGCCCCGACCGUCUACGACUAAUCUCUCAGCCCGUGGGCCAUUCCUGCAAACGGCGGUGUGUUAAUUUUUGGAAGACUCAUUAGUUAUGUUUACUGAUGAUGUAAUCACAACAUAACUUUUUUCUGUGUUUUGGCCUCACUCGUAUGAUAUCACAAAUCACUUCCCGAUAGAUCACUCAUUCUUCUACUACUCCAAUUCAAACACGCUCAACUAUAAAUUCUAAACGGAUGUGUGCCCGAAAAGGUAAGCGAAUUUUGGUGAUAUUGAAAAUCAAAUCAAUUUUUUUAAACCUUUCCAUAUAUACCAAAAAUCGGAAUGUUACAAAAUAAUCAUAUGUCUUAUUUACACAUUCCUUAUAUUGUAUUUUAUAAUUAUUUUUUUGUGGAAAAAUCUCUCAAAAAUUCACUAAUAAUAUUUUUUUAGUCUCUAAAUAGUACCAGGAAAAUAAAAAGAAAUGUUGCACAGAAAAAAAGAGAAUGAGUAAAAAUAAUAAAUUUCCCUUCAUUUUUUUUAAUUUUACAUUAUUUACAAGGAAUGUAUUUUUAUCUAUUGUUUCCUCCCACUUUUAACUUAAAUAUAGAACAAAAAUAUCCAUUAUUAAAUUUUCAUUUUAAUUAUUUUGUUCUUCUUUGUUCUUAAAGAGAAUUGGCUAAACUAUCUUAAUUGUAAGUGCCCCGCACACCAAACAAUUCGGUUUCACUGUACAUAAUCGCUCUCCCUUUCCUUAAAAUCCCUCAUCCUUAGUACUGAUGAGACACUUGAGAAGAGAUGAAAGAGUUGACUAACAUGGCAUCUUCCGGUGACGGUAAAGAACGCCGGCCACCUUGAAAGCAGUGACGGAGACAAAGAAAAAAUAAUGAGAUGGGAUUUAGUUAAGAGAGUUUUCCUUUUAAAAUUGGAUUACUAUAUAAUUUUGGUUUACCUUUCGGCGAUUAGAAGAUACAAUAAUUGUCAUGUCUUCAUUAAAUACACAAUAGAUCAAAUUAUAUAUAUGCACGAUGACCAGUGCCGGUCAGGACAUCCGUGGCACCUAAAGCACACUCUAAAUAUGCUGCCCCUUAGCUAUAUUUUUUUUACAUAUGCUAGAAGCUUAGAACAUAGAACAAAUUACUAACAAUCAAAAGUUAAAUGAAAAAAAAAAAAAAAAACUUACAUAGAUUAAGAAAUGGUGGAAUAUGAUUGAAGUUGCAAGAAAAAAUUAAAAAA